GACCCAGCUGAGUAACUUCCAGCACUUGAAUAGUGGUUGAAACAUGAGUGAUCCCAGUACCACAGAAUUUGCCCACGUAUCUAGUGGUUUACAUUACGAUUACUACUGGAGGGAUUACACAGGUGAUAUACCAAGAGAUGCCGUCCCGGGUGGGCGCGAUGUAAACCAUAGACCAACGUACAUUGGCCAUGUCUAUGUUCAUAAAUACGGAAUAUGUACUGUUACGAUAUAUCCCGGCAUUACAACAGUUGUUCCUAGUGUAACGGGAUACUACAUUUUUGAUCAUAUAAAAAUAUUAUGUAGUCCGUUCAAAGAAAAAUUCAGAUGGGUUGCUACAGAUGCAGAAAAACUUCACGUACAAUUGAUUGGUAAACACCUUGUCCGAGGUGGAGUCGAUUACAAUGGAAAGACGACUAAUAUUGGCAGAAUUCUACAUAAAGGUGAGAUAAUUGUAGCCAAAGUGUGUGGGAGCGUAAUAGGGAAUGCGAAAUUAUACUAUUGUGAUAACAACAGUGAAAAAAGUGUUAACUCCUAUGAAGUUUUAAUAUACGACUUGAAUUAA